UAUUAAUAGCGUUGUACUUUUGAUGGCAAAGCUUCUAUAUCGAUCAAACAGCGUUGCCAGGUGCUAUUUCACAAUACCGGGUUAAGAAUAGGUCACCCGUUACAUAUCAACAACCAUUUAAGAAGUGGGUCAGUUGUGUAUGAAGCUUAAAAAUUCGGAGGGUAUUGUUUUGUCAUCAAUCGCUUUUAAGCCAGUUUGACGUUUAAAUACAAAGGCUCGCAUCAAUAAUGAGCAAACCACCAUCAAAAUUCGUAGACGACCAACACUUCUGUGUUCUUACCCAGUUCGCUUUAGCAUCGACUGCGGUAGUUUUAUCUGCCCUUUCGGUGAAUGUUCCGCACGAUGGGAGCUCGGAUAUCCCAUAUUUCAUAUGUGGAUUCAUUCUUGCGGCAUUGCAUGCCUUGAUGAUCAUAUUGAGGAUUGUUGUGUUGACGAGUCUUAGCCGGAAAGGUGAGCCUACAAAAAAGAAAAUACUCGAUACGUUCCUGGAGGUCAGAUGCGUUGAUUUGCUAUGGAAGGUGUUUUGCAUUCUUGGCUUUGCUUGGGGAAUAACAGGCGUAGUACUUUGUGCACUCGGGGGUGUUUCGUGUGAUAAAGAAAAGAAUAAAGAGGGUGAAGAGUUUUCUGGCGCCAACGCUACUUCGUCAUGUUAUUAUGACAUAUAUAAAGAAAAGGGGGGCCAGUAUAAAGGUCUUGCAAUUGGUCUGUUGGUUGUACAUGUUUUCUCCUCUGUCUGGUUCUUCUUCUCGUUCUUCACCUACUCCCACUAUGCCAAAGAGUUAGUCGAUCCCAAACCUCAACCGCAACCCAAGCCUGCCGCUAACGCUAACCCCGCUCCGAAACCUAAACAACCUGCUGGCUCAGACAGUACAAAGAAAGCUGAACUGGAACAACUUAGUGCAAAAAAAGCAGACCUAGAGCAACUUGAAAAACGUCUAAAUGACAGAGAACAAGCUAUACAGCAGAGGGAAUUGGGGCUGAAUGAGAGGGAAAAUGCUCUAUGGACCGUUCAUCUGAACAACAUCCAGGGAGGGCCACCGCCUCCGCCAAGUUAUGAGCAGCUGGCGAUGGUGGAAGAGUCAACAACGGCAUCAAGAAGCAUCGUGGAGCAAGAAAAAAGAAACACAAACUGAACAUUUUUUUCUCAAUGGUGAAAUGAAGAAGGGUGUUCGGCUGUUUCUGAUCAGUUAAAUCUCGCAGAAUCUCAAAAAAAGGAUCGAAUGUAAUAGUUAGUUCUAUUCAAACACCAACGAGGCAUAUUUUUUAUAAUAAUUUGUCAUAGAUUUUUUUCUUUAAAAAAAAUGAACGAUCCUUUAUUUCUGAAAGUUUUAAUUACCAAGUGUUAUCUUAGUUUUGUAAUUGUCAUCUUGUGUAUGGUGUAUGGCUGAGUUUCUGCUGUUUUAGUAUUAUGUUGAUGAUGUACAUUUUGACAAAGAAUAUAACAGAAUAUACUAUAAUAGAAAAAGUCCUUUUAUAAAACAAUGUUUAACUUGUAAUCGAUGCCAUUUAUUGAAAUAUAAUUUAUUGAUUAAUCACUUGAUUAAUUAUUACUAGUAGAGCUUUUAAAUAUAUACAUAUUUCUAUGCCUUUUCUUUUUUGUUAAUGAACUGUGCUAAAUGUGUGUUUUACAAUUGUAAAUAAAGAUUAUUCAUUAA